UGUGACAUAUGUAUCCUCUUGACGUUUCGUAGAAAAUCAACGGAAUAUUUUUGUCAACAAAGUGCAGUUUUUGUGAGUAAAAUAUAAGUUUUUCUCGAUGGCUAAGCCUUCGCCACUGAAUCCACUUCGUCACAUAGUCGAAAGACAAUACAAAGACAAUGUGUUUAUUAAAAAUAAAAUAUUCAAGGAACGGCUAGCAAAGGCGAGGAAUUUGUAUAGAAAAGAUCUUUUGGCCCAUUAUGGGUGUGUUAACGCCAUCGAAUUUUCAGCCGAGGGAGACCUUCUGGUAUCAGGUGGCGAUGACCGAAGAGUCUUGCUUUGGUCAAUUCCUCCAGCAAUGUACGGCAAAGGAUCCCCCGUCGAAAUGGAAACGAAUCACAACAGCAAUAUUUUUUGUCUUGCGUUCAAUUCAGGCAACACGAAGAUUUUUUCGGGAGGUAACGACGAUCAAGUUUUCAUUCAUGACGCUAUAACAGGAAACUUUGUCGGGAAAUUAAUGCACCGAAAACCUGUAUACGGACUAAGCGUAAACCCCCAAAACGAUAACGUUUUAGCUACUGCUGGAGAUGACGGGAGGAUUUUAUUGUUCGAUGUUAGGGAAUCACCGAAUUCUGUAGAUGCACUUUGUUUGGCAAAACAAAAGACUGGUUUUCAUUCUGUGAUGUUCAAUCCCAUCAAUCCCAGAUGGUUGGCGACGGCAAAUUCCGAAGAAGGAAUUGCUUUGUGGGACUGUCGGAAACCAAAAGAGUUGCUUAUACAUUACGACGCAACUGCGGGCCCUAUUAGUGGUAUAAGUGCUUGUUUUAAUUCAGAUGGCAGUAGAGUUUUAGCAUUGAGACGAAGGCUACCUCCGGUACUUUACGCAACUCAGAAAGAAAACGCCAUUUGUCAGUUCUACCACCCUCAAUAUUACAAUUCGUGUACCAUGAAAACGUGUUGUUUUGCCGGUGAUGGGGACGAAUAUGUUUUAAGUGGUUCUGAUGAUUUUAAUUUAUACAUGUGGCGAAUGCCACAAAAUGACACUGUUGAGUGGGGCAAAAGUCAUUUGGUUCUCCGAGGACACAGAUCAAUUGUAAAUCAAGUGAGAUAUAACAAAGAAAAUAAUCUGAUAGCGUCGUCAGGUGUUGAAAAGAUGAUCAAAUUGUGGAGUUCUUUACCAAUAGGGACUUGGAAAGGUUCACUGCAAAAAGAACACACCGACGUUUUUCGUUCGGUUUACACGCAUGAAGAUUACGUUUAUUUGGUUGGACGCAGUGGCGAGAGAAUUUCACACGAUUACAGUGAUCAGUCGACUCAGGAAGAUUCGAAAAUGUUGGCAUUUUUUGAUUCGUUGAUUCAAAGAGAGAUCGAAGGCUGGGAAUCUCCUUCAGAGAAUUCCGAUUUUUCAGAUAGUGAUAGCGAUGGACACGAAAGGAAUGUUCAAAGUCUUUUGAAUGAAAUGUUUUGCAAUGGCAAAGUAUCAUCAGAGGAUACAAAGAAACACAAGUCCAAUAGGAUUGCUCAAUUGAUAGCAAAGAAGCGAAGUCGUCUCGCUAGAAUGGCACAUGAUAAAUCUUCAAGUCAAGUUUUACGAUAUCACUUGAAGGAGAAGAACCGCAAGAAGAAAAACUCGCAAAAAUCGAAAACCUCAAAAUUGAAGAAGAACGGCUCUACGAAAAAAUCCCCACUGUCGAGUCGCCACUCGGAGAAGGACCACAAGCACAAAUUCGUCCCGGAACGGACCAAACUUCGCAAAUACCGAACACGGCAAAGCCUGCGUGAGACUUGCGACAGUGGCGCCUCAAACAAUUCUUUCGACGCCCCCAGCACCAGCACGGGAAUCACCAGUUCGAGCAACUCGGUGUUUCGAGUGAUAGAACAGGACUCGGACGAGGAUGUCCCCCCUAACAACUGUACAGAAAACGGCAACUCCGAAGAGAACAACUUCGUGAACAUUCUGCCGACGCCAUUGAACGGCACCCACGACAUGUACAUAAACGUGCUGGAGAUGAGCAGCGCCAACGUGGUGACGGUGCGAAACGAGGGGGCCGAGGAGGCGUCGACGUCUAACGGGCCCCCCGCGUGCAGUGUGCGUGGCGCGUUUGCCGCCUACGAGACGGAGAGUGACUCUGAUUACUCCGAGUUCGAUUAUCGCACCCCCGUGAAGAAGCGAAGGGUGAGCGCGUCGGACAGCGGGUGCGGGACGGGACCGUGUUCGAGCACCAGCCCCUACCCGAUCCGGGGCUCGAGAAAUCACCAAGAGUGUUCUAGUAAUGAUUUGUACAAUAACGAACGCGAUUCAGAGGAUGAGUUCAACUAUGAAAAGUUCAAAAAGCGCGUCAGUAAAGCGAGGAUUAAUAUAAGGAAACAAAUUGGAGGCGAAUCGGAUUCGAACUAAGUUUAGUUAGGUGGAUUUUAUUUUCUCGAAUCGGUGUAAUUCUUUCCUCAAUUUUAUGGCAGUUGUGUGCGAGGGAAACUGUGAUACUUUCUGUGAUACUAUUCAACAACUAAUUUCAAUGCAAUAUUUUGAACUCUUUCAGUUACAGGCUAUUGAAAUCACUAGGGUUUUACAGAGUUGAAAUUUAUAUUUGUUGGGCAAGGAAAAUUCUUUUAAGGAUCCAAUUAUUGAGGAAAGACUUAUGGAAAUCUAUUUAUCUUUAUUUUCAUUCAUUUUUAUUAUUCUACCUUAUAAAUAAAAUUGUAGUCAUAGUUCGAUUUUAUUGAUUCUGUUUACAGUGUCAUUUUAUAGAAAUAUCGUGUUGAUUUUUUGUGAGAACGUCAAUUUUAUGUACUUUCUUUCAUCAUGUAUACUAAAAAAGUAUGAUAAUAAAAUAAUUAUAAGGAA